CCCGCGACCUGUGUGCAGAUGAUUGCCGUGCAAUGUGCAUGAUCUACAGCAUGCUGAGAGGCGAGGCUUACGGGCUGUAGAGUGCUGCAAGGCGAAAACACUCGCAGCCUCGUUGGCUCCUCGUGGCAUCGUGCUAUUCCGGAGCGCGGUGGGCAUAAGCUUGCGUCCAGCUAUUCUAGCUGCGCUCUGCGAUUUGCCUUCUCGCCACCAUGUCCGACUACAACGACUCCGGCGCAUACAGGGACACUCCACACAACAGCUUCUAUCCCGAUUCCUCUCAGGGUCGUCCACCGAGCGGAUACCCGACAUCGUCGACCGGCCGCAGAGCCCCGCGGUACAGCAGGCCGUCGAACCCGAGCUGGGUCUCCAAUGGUAUGUUGUCGCCGCCUCCGCUCGCGGGCCCGCCGUCCACGGUGGGCUCGCGGCCGCUGCCUGUACCCUCUCCCACUCCCUCUCGGGGCAUGUCAGACUUCCGCCCUCAACACCCGACCCCAUCUGAGCUCGGGGAGGCACCGCCGCGACACUCGUACAGGAGCGGGCCCGCGGAGCCGGAGCCGGAGGAGUGGGAGCCCGAGACGGAGAGGAUGACGAUUGGGCAGAGUGAUGAGGACUACGACCAAUACGACCAAUACCAGGGCGAACAACACCAGAUGGCCCCGGCGUACGAGCCUCAGGCUCAAGGGCAUGGGUAUGGGCAGCCAAGACAUGAGUACGAUCGACGGGGACCGGAGCCUCAAGCCCAAGCUCAGCCUCAGCACGAAUCGUUCUACGAUCCGAUUACGAUGGAGGAGCCGGAGCCCAAGCCGAAGAAGAAGAACACGUUCGUCGGCGGCUUCGUAGCUCAGCUGCGCAAGCUCCCGAACGCUAUGUCCAAGAGCCAUUUCUACGAUCGCAAGUCGACGAGGAAGGGCGCGCCGGGUAUGGAGCAACAACCAGGACAGUCACACUACCUCCCUGCCUACGACGAACCCGGCGUCACCGUCAGGAACCCCGAAAGCGUUCACUACGUCGAGGCCGUCAGUAUGCCUCAGAGCCCCGGGUCGAUGUCCCAGGUGUCAUAUGCCGAUCCGAGCCGGCCACAGAGCGGUGUUCGUUCGUCGCAGCGCCACAGCGGCCAGUCCAAUGCACACUCCGCCGGACGUCCCACUAGCCCACCCCGCCUCAUCACGUCCCCCGCACUGAGCGCUGUGCUCGUAAGCCCGCACCCAGCGAGCGACUACGCGAAGAUGGACUCCCCGGUGCGGUUCGCAGCCCCAGACGACUCAUUCAGCGCGCACGUCACGCGCGUGAAGGACUUCGUGCACGAGCUCAAGGCGCUGCCUUGGACCUCCUCUCGCGUGGCGCUCGACUACGUGCCCACACAGUCGAGCCGCGCGCGUACCGGAAAGGCGAAGCAGGCCGGGUCGUGGUACACGGGCGUGCAGGGACACCAGGACAUCGACUUGCUGGGGUCCGCGCGACCCGCGCCUCGGCGUCUCCGGAGCGAGGAUGGCCAGUCUGCACGUAUCGCCGUCGCGCACGACGGGCGGACCCCCGCCAGCUUCGUCACUUCCCCUGGUCUCAUGCCUUCCCCGGGUAUGUCGUCGCACGGGCAGGGGCAGCAGGGCGUGUCGUACAGCUACUACUUCGCGCCCCCGCAACCCUUGUACGUCUACCAGUCCCCGAUGACGACUCCUGCAACUGGCCCCGCCCUCACCGACUCUCCUGGUUCAUCCUCCUCUUCACGGAGGCGCGAAGCCGCCCAAGCUGUUCCAGUAUAUAUGAUGGCUGGCCCUCCCCCGGGGUUGAUCCCCACACCUCCACCAGCGGCGCAUAUGCCUGGGUCGCCAAACCCGCCUCCCCCUGGUCUUGCGCCGGCCGCCAGCCACCAUUCCCGUUCGACAUCGCACUGACUCCCUGAGCUCGACUUCUCUGUUCCAUACGUGUAGCGUUUAUGCUUUAUGUGUCUCCCUCGCGCCGCAUUGCACUAGGAGAGGCUCGUUGUAUCUUAUGACGCGGAUGACAUGACCGUAACGACUUUCCAGUCUGUAUCACAAUCCGGGCUCAAUACCACCGGUGUUCGCCGCCGUUCCAGCCCGGUCACUAGCUGCAUGCGAUUAGAGGCGGGCAGUAGUCCAUAUCCGAAUCCACGAGCGAUAUAGGUCGCCGCCUUGCUAUCUUGUUUUCCC